GAUGCUGCUUCAACUUCACUGUAUAGUUUCGUUCAAAUAGUCAGACCGCCCCCUUCCCCAUUCUGUUCUCACACCAAUUCGACUUCCUCUUGCCUUAGAUUCUUGUUCAUUUCAAACUACACAUUAAUCUUUCGAGGAGAUCAACCACUUCUCGACUUGUUCUAUCUCUGACAUCCCACCACCACCCGCCUUUUUACCCCUCAUCACAACAGACAGCAACAUGGUCAAGGCCGUUGUACUUGGUGCCGCUGGUGGCAUUGGCCAGCCUCUAUCUCUGCUCCUCAAGAUCUCUCCUCUUGUCGAUGAACUCGGUCUCUUUGAUGUCGUCAACACCCCCGGUGUGGCGGCUGAUCUGUCCCACAUCUCCUCAGUCGCCGAUGUCGAGGGCACUGUAGCUGCCAAGGGCGAUUUCAAGGGCGAACAGCCCGAGACAGAGGAGGCAAAGAAGAAGGCUCUGACUGGUGCAGACAUUGUCAUUAUUCCAGCUGGUGUACCCCGUAAACCUGGCAUGACCCGAGAUGAUCUCUUCAAGAUCAACGCAGGCAUCGUCAAAGACCUUGUCGUUGCCAUCGCCAAGUACGCUCCCAAGGCCACCAUUGCCAUCAUAUCCAACCCUGUCAAUUCGACCGUUCCCAUUGCCGCUGAGGUCCUCAAGCAAGCUGGCGUCUUCAACCCCAAGAAGCUGUUCGGUGUCACCACCCUUGAUGUCGUGCGUGCCGAGACUUUCGUAGGAGGCAUCGUCGGAGAGAAAGACCCUCGCAAACUUAACAUCCCAGUUGUCGGUGGCCAUUCCGGUAACACCAUUGUGCCCCUCUUCAGCUUGGCUAAGCCUUCCGUCAGCAUCCCUGCCGACAAGCUCGAUGCAUUGGUGAACCGCGUUCAGUUCGGAGGUGACGAAGUCGUCAAGGCCAAGGAUGGUGCUGGUUCUGCCACUCUCUCCAUGGCCUACGCCGGUUUCAGAUUCGCAGAGUCUCUUCUGAAGGCCGCCAAGGGCGAGAAGGGUAUUGUUGAGAACACCUUUGUGUAUCUCCCAGGUGUCGAAGGUGGUGAUGCCAUUGCCAAAGCUACCGGCGUCGACUACUUCUCUGUUCCCGUCGAACUUGGUGUCAAUGGAGCCGAGAAGGCCUUCAACAUCCUCGCCGAUGCGAACGACUAUGAGAAGAAACUGCUCGAUGAAGCUAUCAAAGGCCUCAAGACCAAUGUUGAGACAGGUGUCAGCUUCAUCACCAACCCACCCAAGUAGGUUUUUCAGCGUUCAUUCUUGUCAUUUGUUUUGAUCGCCUAACCCAAAUCUUUCACAGGUAGGACGUGAGCGAUUUCUGAGGCAUCCCCCGAAGAAUGAGCCUACCUGCCCCCAAAUAUUGUUUUGUCUCGAGCCUUGACAAUUCCAUCAUACACAAACACCGGCAACCCAAACUAACAGGGCAUUGCCAUCGGUGCAGGUUAUGAGAUCCAUUAUGAAAUGAUGAAUAUUUCAAACUUUGAUCUCGGAAAAGUCUUCGUGCCGCCAACGACCGAUUCUUUCUUUUCGUUGUCAGCUGGCGACACCAGCGUGCAGAACGGACUUUGUAUUUCCGAAAUAGCUUAGUGAGACUUGAUCUCUGAAUUAGAUCCCAAUCACAUUGGCCGUAAAUCCAGACCAGAAGCAGCCCCACACAAGUGAACUCUUGACAGGUGGAAUUGACCCCGAUCAGGUCUUGGCCUGUGCCGUUUUGAUCUGGAACGUUGCCGAUGGUAGCUCGUUUGUUUCAGCCUGAA